AUGGCCGCCUCCAUGGCGGGGAGGAGCGUGAGCGCCGGGGCGCUGAUGCGGGUGGCGGGAGGCAGCCUGUGGCGGGGUCCGGGGUCUUGCAGACUCGACCCGAGGAGAGCCGUCGCGUUGUUGCCGGUCAGCUCCAGGGGCUUCCGGAGCACAGGCCCUUGCCCUGCGGAGGUGGAAAAGCGGCCGCCGGACCGCGAACCGCCCUCCGGGGACUUGGUGAACGUGGUAUUCGUGGACCGCUCGGGGCAGCGGGUCCCUGUGAGUGGCCGAGUUGGCGAGGACGUGAUGCGCUUGGCCCAGCGGCACGGCAUCGAUUUGGAGGGGGCCUGUGAGGCCUCCUUGGCCUGUUCUACCUGCCAUAUCUAUGUGAGUGAGGAGCAUUUGGCUAUCUUGUCCCCACCUGAAGAGAGGGAAGAUGACAUGCUGGACAUGGCCCCACAGCUGCAGGAGAACUCAAGGCUGGGUUGCCAGAUCAUCUUGACAAAGGAGCUUGAGGGUGCUGAGUUCACUUUGCCGAAAGUUACUCGAAACUUCUAUGUGGAUGGCCAUGUUCCCAAGCCACAUUGACAGGGAGGACCAGCAAAGGGGUUUGGAGGCACCUGCAAGCUGCUGGACACUCAGGCCUCUUCCUCAGGGCUUGGUAGUUGCCUGGCUUGGGCAUGGACUCCUUUAAUGGACAUAUAGCCUGUCACUUGCCUUUUUCUCCUUAGGGCCUACCCCUGUUGACCAAAGCUGAUCAGAUUGUGGAAGCCUUAUGGCCCUUCAAAGGGGACUUAGGAGAGAGGCUAUGGAGGAGUCUCUCUUUUCUUAGGAGGAAUCUGCAGUUGUGCUUUAGGGGAAAAGGUUCCCCCUCUUGCUUCAGCCCUGGCAAGGAGUGGGGGGAGAAGGCUCCUGGACCCCCAAAGUGGGGGUAUCUGUUAGCGCCACAAUAAAACACUUUGUUCAUCAGAG